CAUAUAAAAAAACUAUUCGAAAAAUCAAGAGACAGUGCAACAUAUAUAAAAAACUGUUAAACAAAUUUUUGGUGACGCACCUAUUACAAAUCUAUUUUAAAAAAAACCUAUUACAAACAUUAUAAAAAUUUUGUCGGCUCAAUACAUAAGAACAGUUUUUGUGGAAAAAUAAAAUAGUGACUCUAAAAUUUUACCGCAAAUUUUUAUAUACAAGAAAAUACAUAAAUUUGUUCGCUCUUGGUUCCAGUAUAUAAUAUAAAAUUCUGUGUAUAUUUAAUUUGUCGCUCGGAAUAUUGCGUGUCAUCCAUUUUGUAAAUACUUUUGGACAUUUUUGGCUCAUCUAACCUUACUUAUUGAAAAUUUAUGAUGACUCUGGAGGAGGUUAAGCGGCAACGGGCUAACACUAAGAAGAGCAUUACCCGCAUCAAGAACCAAAUCGAAGCCAAUGGAAGGGGAGAAGGGCACCACAUUUUGGCGGAUUGUGGGAGGCGGCGUCAAAUCGGCCAAAGGUCACUUAACCAGAACCCUGGACAACACAAGGCUCACCUACGAAGAACUCGCAACGGCUAUGAUUGAGAUAGAGGCAGUUUUAAACUCGAGGCCCAUUUCGCAUCUAUCCUCAGAUCCCAGUGACUUUGAAGCUCUUACACCAGGACACUUCUUGAUAGGCGCUCCCCUCCGUAGUUUGCCAGAACGUGAUGUUCCUAUAAAAGAGAUUAACAAACUUGAAUAUUGGGCCCGAAUAAGCGCCAUCAAGCAACAAUUCUGGAAAAAGUGGUCCCAUGAUUAUAUAAAUGAGCUCCAGACUCGCAACAAAUGGACUAGCACCAACUCUAAUAUUACCCCUCAUCAUCAAAGAAGAUAAUUUACCCCCGCAGCGUUGGCUCAUGGGUAAAAUCAUCAACAUUGUUCGUGGAAGAGAUGAUCGUGUUCGAGUUGUCGACAUCAAAACUACAAAAGGAGUUAUACGUCGCCCCAUCCACAGACUAGCUCUUCUAUCUUCUUGAAAGUGUCCUUUCAAUGGGGCCGGAAUGUUAGGUCACCGUAUAAUAAUUACUAACAUUAUUAUUUUGUUUUGUUUAAAUUUUCCAUUUUUUAUUGUAUUUAAAUUUAUUCAUAUUUUUGGCUCACUGUUGCCACUGUAAUUUGUCAUUAUUUUUUGUUCAUACUAACCACUGUACAUAUUUUUGGUAAUGACCCGUUAGUUUUUAUUAUUUGUUUCUCACUCCAAUUCUUAUUAUAAGCAUAUUGUUGUUGCUCUUAAAAAUGCAAUUUCUUAUUUUGGAGACUUAUUGCAUGUAUUUUGUUUUUGCAUAUUUUGAAUAUAAAUAAACAAGUUGAGUUGGUACAUUGGAAGUGAGAAACAAAUAAUAUUACAAUAACAACAGUGUAGCCCUUAUUUACAUGAUCAAUUGUUAGGCUUAAGAAAAGAAUUUUUAAAUAAAUAAAUCAUUGUCAUAGUUGAAGUCAAUC